GCAGCUCUGUGUGGUCGAAGCCCUGCCAAUCAGGCUCUGCAGCCCUGUUCCGUGCUGGGCUGGGCUGUUAGGUUUUGUUCUCUGAUAAUCUCUGCAAAGCAGUGGACAAUGAGCUGCCAAUUGAAAAUUGUGACGAGAGGAUUAGCGAGCAUCUGUUCGAAGAGAAAGGGUUAUUUUGGAAAGCAGAGAACUUUCCUGAUAGAGCAGAAUCCUGACUUGUGGAGUCCCUUUACCAUCGGGACACACCGUGCCUGCCCACAGGGCUCCUGCUGCCUCACUGUGACAGUCUGCUUUGCAAAGCUCUGCAACACCUGGCCUGAUGAAGAGACUGUUAAGUUUGGUUUCACACCAUUCUGUGAAUGCACGAAAGAAAGAGAAGGAAGUUUUCCAUAGAAAUGGGGUAAGGACUGUGGGGCUGUUAGAAGAGUGCUAACUGUAUGUAAGACAAAAUAUGGAUGGAUAUGACUGUCUUCUCUCGUUUGAAUGACUCUUGGUUCUUAUAGCAGCCCUGAGAUGCUGUUUGUUAGUCCUCAGGAUGUUCAGCCUGUCCUGGAUGCCUGCUCAGCAUUUGCCUCUGCCCUCCCCUGUUCUGUUUCUCUGUUUCCCCCUGCAGCUCUCUGCAGUGUUUUUGUGUCUUCUGCCUCAGAUACUUUCCUUUCAUCCCAUGUUUCUCAAUCUCAGUCUCAACCAAAUACUGCACAAUUAAACUUGCUAGGAGCUAACUCCAAAUUAUGUGGGUUUUAAACCCACAGGUGAACCCAAAAGUUUAAACAACAGAAUCUACAGGAAAUUGUAUAAAGCAGAUAUUUUCAGGGAUGGAAUUCUGGCUAGGUUUUGGGUGCUGUUUCUCUUGCAGUAUUCAUUAUUUUUCUCCCUGGAAGUGCAGUUUGGUAACAGUGCUGCUUUUGUACGUAAUAUGAGAAGGAAAUGGGAGGUGCUUUACAGAGUAAUGAAAACAAAGUGGAAGAGCUUUAUGCAGUGCUGGAACAGGGCUCUGAAUGGAGCAGGCAGCUGGGCAGGAGGCACACGCGUAACUGUGACCUUUUUUCUUGUUUCCUGUACAAGAGAAAUUGCCUUGUGCACAGCUGGACUCUUCAAGGAAAAAAUCCUUGCUUUUGUUUUACCCUUUCCAUUCCUCCCUAAACGUGGCUGCUCUUAGGAGCUGGUUUUGUUUGGAGCUGUGCGAUUUCUGCCUGUUUCUUCUUGAAGCCGUAAGGAAAUGAGGAGCAGCACCAAAGCAAAACAUGGCUGCAGAGGUUUGGAAGGACGUGACUGCAUUGGGGGUGGAAGAGCAGCGUGUCCCUCGUGGAAUGGCUUCAUGAGUGUCAAAUCGCUUUAUGUUUUGUGUCCGUAUCCCAAGGCUGAAGGACUGUGGGAGAGAAGUGUCGCAGCUUAUUCCUGCUGUGCAUUAAAAAGAAAUCCCGGAAUACAGGCACUAGUCUGUAAAGCAUACUGUUACAAAUGUAGGUUAAAUGGGGUUCAAUCGGGCAUUUAAGCACCAGGUUGGGAUGUGUGUGAGGACAGCGGGGGAUGAACAUCUCUCCUGAGUGCUGGCUUAGGAUCUUUAACUGCCACGUGUGGUCACGGUCCCAGAAGUGCCAGGAGCGAAGCAGCAGCAAUAGGAGCCUCAGCUGCCAGCCCCACAGGGCCGCGUGGGGCCCAGUGCCAUCUGCUGACUCCCAGGUCUUUCUGCAGGUUUCCCUUGGGCUCCCAGCCCACAACUAAGCCUGACCUUGCUUAGCUUGAGGUCUGAAGGUACGGGCUGACGUCACAGCUGCGAUGUAACAGUAAAGAUUCGCUUCCUGUGUGCUGCUAUCUGUAUAACUGCAAUUUGAGCAAGAGGUCUUAUUUACUUCCUGACAAAAUUGAAACUUGUUUUUCUUGUUCACAUCUAUCUUCACAUCGGUAAUUUGAUUUUUAACUGCAUAAAGAUUGGAAUACUGUGGUUGGUCUUGUUUACCAGAUCUUACAGCAGAAACUUGUUACCCAAACUUCAAUUGCUUUUAACUUCCUUUCGUCCUGUUCUGUGGUGGUAUAGGUUUCAUUUUCAAGUGUGUGUUAUAUGCCAAAGUCAUCUCUGAUUCUGGGCACUGAAGGUUUUUAUAUGGUCUUCUCACAGAGAGUAGUGCAGCACUGCAGGCUAGAAACAAAGCCGUAAAACGGAGAUCAGGGCUUAUAUGCUAGUAAGCUUUAGAUGCUUUCAGACAUCCCAAACUUCUGAAAUUCACUUGUCUUCGGUAUGAAAGUAGUCUGUUUAUUUUUUUUGUUUGUUUGUUUUGUAGAAGAGUGGUAGUAUGUACAGGAAAUACUGCUGUAUUUUUGUCUGAAACAAUAUUUGUAGGUUCUGGGUACAUCUUGUAUCUGUUUUAUUAUAUGAUGAAAGCCUUAUAAGAUUGAGAUCUUUAAUGUUUUAGAUCAACAUGAUGCAUAAGUUUAAAACUGCAUCUGUUUAAAGGGAUUUGUGACUAAAACUGCUUGUUUUUCUACAGAAUUGUCUGGUGUUUCUCAGCUUGAAGAAGAUCUGCAGUCAUUAUUGAUCCUCUUUCUUGGCGUUGCCGCUUUCGAAGUGAAGUUUGCCUAGCUUUGUAGUGCGAGCUUUCUUUUCAGCCAUCUUAAACCCAACCAAACAAACAAACAAAGAUUUUGAUCCGUAAAGUAGACAAGCGAUAGCUCUACAAUGUCCAAGUCAUUCCAGCAGUCAUCUCUGAGUAGGGAUUCCCAAGGUCAUGGGCGUGAGCUCUCUGCAGGAAUAGGCCUUCUUGCUGCUGCUACCCAGUCUUUAAAUAUGCCAGCAUCUCUUGGAAGGAUGAACCAGGGUACUGCACGCCUUGCUAGCUUAAUGAAUCUUGGAAUGAGUUCUUCAUUGAACCAACAAGGAUCUCAUAGUGCACUGUCUUCUGGUAGUACCUCUUCCCAUAAUUUGCAGUCUAUAUUUAACAUUGGAAGUAGAGGUCCGCUCCCUUUGUCUUCUCAGCACCGUGGAGAUGCAGACCAGGCCACUAAUAUUUUGGCCAGCUUUGGUCUGUCUGCUAGAGACUUAGAUGAACUGAGUCGCUAUCCCGAGGACAAGAUCACUCCUGAAAACUUGCCUCAGAUCCUUCUACAACUUAAAAGGAGGAGAGCUGAAGAAGGUUAUGGUAGAGAUGGCAGAUCAUCCACACGGGAACCACCGUACAGAGUACCUAGGGAUGAUUGGGAAGAAAAAAGGCAUUUUAGAAGAGAUAGCUUUGAUGAUCGUGGUCCUAGUCUCAACCCGGUAGUUGACUAUGACCAUGGAAGUCGUUCUCAAGAAUCUGGUUAUUAUGACAGAAUGGAUUAUGAAGAUGACAGAUUGAGAGAUGGAGAAAGGUGUAGGGAUGAAUCUUUCUAUGGUGAGACUUCGCAUAACUAUCAUAAAUUUGACAGUGAGUAUGACAGAAUGGGUCGUGGCCCCGGUCCCGAGAGAUCUCUCUUUGAGAAAAAGAGAGGUGCUCCUCCAAAUAGCAAUAUUGAAGACUUCCAUGGAUUCUUACCGAAGGGUUAUCCCCAUCUGUGCUCUAUAUGUGAUAUGCCAGUUCAUUCUAAUAAGGAGUGGAAUCACCAUAUCAAUGGAGCGACUCACGGCCGGCGCUGUCAGCUGCUGCUUGAAAUAUAUCCAGAAUGGAACCCUGACAGUGAUUCAGGACAUGGAAUGGGUGAUCCCUUUAUGUUGCAGCAGUCCACAAAUCCUGCACCAGGAAUUCUGGGACCCCCACCACCUCCAUUCCACCUGGGAGGGCCUCCUGUUGGGCCAAGAGGAGCUGGAAAUGGAAACAUGCAAGGACCCAGACACAUGCAGAAGGGCAGAGUGGAAACCAGCAGAGUUGUUCACAUCAUGGAUUUCCAGAGAGGGAAGAACUUGAGAUAUCAAUUGCUUCAGCUUGUUGAACCCUUUGGAAUAAUCACAAAUCACCUGAUUCUCAACAAAAUCAAUGAGGCAUUUAUUGAAAUGUCAACCACUGAAGAUGCUCAGGCUGCAGUGGAGUACUAUUCAACAACACCUGCACUGGUGUUUGGUAAACCAGUCAGAGUCCACCUGUCACAGAAAUACAAAAGGAUAAAGAAACCUGAAAGUAAACCUGACCAAAAAACGGAGCCACCAAAACCAGAACUGGGUCGUGUGAUUCACCUCAGCAAUUUACCUCAUUCAGGCUACUCUGAUAACGCAGUGCUCAAACUGGCUGAACCGUAUGGAAAGAUUAAGAACUACAUACUCAUGAGGAUGAAGAGUCAGGCUUUCAUUGAAAUGGAGACCAGGGAAGAUGCUUUAGCGAUGGUUGAACACUGUGCCAACAAAGCUCUCUGGUUCCAAGGCAGAUGUGUGAAAGUGGAUCUGUCUGAAAAAUACAAGAAAUUGGUGUUAAGGAUUCCAAACAAGGGAGUUGAACUUCUGAAAAAGGAUAAAACUAGAAAGAGAACAUAUUCUCCAGACAGCAAAGACUCUCCAAGUGAUAAGAAGUCUAAAACUGAUGCUACUCAGAAACCUGAAAGUGGCACUGUAGAAGAUAAAGCAAAAGAGGAGAAGCAAGAUGAUGCUGCUGAGCCGUCGGGCGCUAAAAGCAGUGAGCAGGCAGACCAAGACGAGCCUAGUUUACUCCUUGAAUCUGAAGAUGAGCUCCUGGUGGAUGAGGAGGAAGCAGCAGCGCUGCUGGAAAGUGGCAGCUCAGCAGGAGAUGAUGCAGAUGUUGCCAAUUUAACUGAUGUGACUACAGAAGAGAAAAAGGAACCGGCUGAUGAUGUGACCGUAAAAACCGAGGGAAAUGCUGUGGCCAAUCCAGCAGCAAAGAAAAAGCUUAAAAAGCGAUACGUGGGUGGCUUUCCACGGAGCAUGGAAGGCUUUGUCACUCUAGAUGAGGUUGGUGAUGAAGAAGAUUCAGAUCAUCAAAAACUCCGGAAGUCGGGUUUGGCAGUAAAAUCUGCUGGCAAAAAUGAUGAUAGUUUGGCAGAAAUCAAAGUAGACAAGAUUGAGGAGCCGGAACAAGAAAGUGAAACGUUAGAAAAUGGUACCAAGACUGAAGAAAAUGUGAAGGCUGAAGCUGUUGAAGCUUCCGACCCCACAGCAGCACAAGAUCCUGAGAAAAAUGCCCACGAAAAUACAGACACCCAGGAAGAACAGGAAACAAAGAAUGUCCAAGAGAAAGCUCUUAUUCCAGAUGAAUUUAGGAUUGGGCCCUACCAGCCAAAUGUUCCUGUUGGUGUGAAUUAUGUGGUACCCAAAACAGGGUUUUAUUGCAAAUUGUGUUCCCUGUUCUACACAAAUGAAGAUGUUGCAAAAAAGACCCAUUGCAGCAGCCUUCCUCAUUAUCAAAAGUUGAAGAAAAUUCUGGAUAAAAUGGCAGAAGACUACAGGCAAAAGAAAGAAGCGUAAAAAGAAGGACGGAUGUAAGGAAAACAGUGGCUUUGUUCUUAAUGUUAAUCUUUUUUUAAAAGCAGUACAAGUAGUAGAUGGAAAUACUGUAUUCUUUUUUGUUUUGUUUUAGUGAGAUACAGUAGAUGUUAUAGGUCUGUUCAUGUGUUCAGUGUUGUAGCAAAAAGCAUAAGCAGUUAAGUUAAUGAAAAAAAUUUGUUCUUAAUGUGGGAAUGGCAACAAGUUUUCGUUUUGACACUGAGCUGUUAAAGAAGAAAUCUUGCAUCCUUGUGGAAAGCUCAUCUACCGCAAGAAAAUUUCCUUGAAGUGAAAUUUACUGCUUUCAAGCUUCGAAAAUUCGUCUAUCCAUUCUCAAUAAAAAAUAAAAAGUAACACUGCAUUUUUAUUUCAUCUAGAACAUUCCGUAUUUCAGUCUGAGCCUAGCAGAUACUUAAUUUGGAGUGUAAGGCUGUCAUUGCAUUUCACUUUUGAAAAGUCUUUAAAUGUAAGUUGCAUUUUUAAAUGUUGAAUUGCAGUUUCUUUUAAUGUCAUUGUUGUUACAUAGCAAAUAGGAAAAUUAGUGAUUAGUCAGCUUUACAACUUUGUGAUUUUUUUUCCUAAGCUCUUGAUAGACUUUCCUACUCAGCUAUACCUUGUAUUUUUAGUGACAAGUAAACGCCCAUUCUCUUCUGAUCAGUAUUAUUUCCUCAAGCUCUUCCUGCUCUCACUUGAAUCUUGCAGCUGUCGUACACCUCUGCUAUAUUCAAAAGCAGCAUUUGAGUCCUGAAAUGUAAAAAAAGAAAAAAGAAAAAUAAUCAAAAAAAGCAGUAUCUUUAUAUCCUUCACGUGUAAUUUUUCAUACCUGCAUUUUAAAACUGUUUCUGUUGAUCUAGUUUUGUCAAGAAUCUUUUAGAACUGUGCUCUUAAUGUACCUGCACAUGUGAUAUGUGAACAGGAAUUUGCAUGUGUAACCUGUGUUUAUCCGUAGUUUUUGUUAUUUACUGCUUAUUUGUGAAUUCAGGUUACUAAAGUGAUUUACCAAUAAACAAAGCUAGGCAACAGUAA